CUCUUUCCUUUCUAGGGAAUAAGUGAAUGAAUACUUUAAGCAUAUAUAUAUCACAUUUUCAACCUACAACUUUUCUAAGCAAACAAUCUUAUAGAGUUGAAAAGAUAAAAAAAGAUGGCCUACUCAAAAAUCGUUAUUUUUGUCAUCCUAGCUCUGUCUCUUCUACUUUCCGGUGCUGAAACAAGAAACGCUGUGUUGCCUGGCAGCGAAUUAUUCAAAAUGUGUUGCAGAAAUCAGCCAGAAUUUGGAACUUGUGAUACAAGAGAAGAUGAUGAGAGAUGCACCAAGAUGUGUCUUGAUGGUUGUUCCACUAACAAAGGUGGUGGCUGUCAACCUAUCUCUGCUGCCCCUGGUUCUGUUUGUUCAUGUUACUGUUAAUUCUUCUUCACCUUGGCUUUAUUGAUUGAUAAAGGAAAACUAUAUUUCUUUAUUGACUUAUUUAUUUAUCUAUCUUCAAAGGAAAUAAUAACGUAAUUCCAAACGUAAUAUCUUUUUCAAUCAUAACUUUAAACCAUCUCUCAAGUAAUAAGAACACAAAAAAAAAAAAAAA